AAUCACCUCGUCUCGCGCUUCUCAACGCGCUCCUUCGACCGGUGGAUAUCAACGCACGUCCUAGACGCCUAAUCUAAAGACUUGUCAUCUCGCACGCUGACAUCAGACCAAAAUCAAAAUAUGCCACGCGCUGCUACGUACGGACGCAUUUGGAGUGAACGCAGGGGCUCUUCCUCUACGGUCACUAGCGACGAGGAUGACCGUCCUAUCCCCGAGAGCGACAGUUUCUCCAGCGACCUCUCGGAGCUAGAGUCUGAAUCUGAGUACAACCCUGAUACUGAGGAUGAGGACCUUGUCAAGAACAAGCCCAGAGAGCAUAAGUUCAAGCUUCAUGAGAAUGUUUGGGUGAAGCCCAGAGGAUGCUUCGAGUGGUUCCGAGGCAGUGUAAAGAAGAUCCGAGAGCCCCAUUCAUCCAGAGGCACAAAGAAACGCGGGACACUAUAUCUGGUUGUAUUCCGCCGCCACCAUACUAACAUGCGCGACAUCUUCUCUUCGACCGAGGGGACGAUCAAGCCAGACACGCCCCGUGUGCGUGCUCUCGUGCGAAUGGCCUCUUGAUGGAUACGCCUCGUCUUGGGUCCGGAAUCCUGCUAUGUCCCGUUUUGGGUGCUUUCUUCGGGUGCCGGUAUUUAGUCGACGUUCUACGAUACGAUAUACAUAUACCAUUCAAUCACAUACCCAGACUGUAUCGAUACAGCUAUACGUACUAUGCUACGAUCAUGAAUAAGGACGCAUCUCCGGACUAGUUGUACGAGUUCAGGGCUGUCUUCGAGUAAUGUAGAGCGCAAAAUUGUAUAUGCAUUUGCCAUUUGCUCAUGCAGACUUAUUGAUCCUCUGGAGCUGAAUCGGCGAGGCUCGGUGCGCCAUGAUGCGCCCGGACUGUGCGGGCGAAUGUCUGGCUGGACCCUCGGACGAGCACGCGCCGAAGCCAUGUAGAAAAGGCGCCCAUAUGUGCUCAUUAGAGUUGGCGCCACAUUCCUCGCCACUUUGUCUUCCCCUUCAUCCCUUUGCAUACCCC